AUGUCCAAUCUUCCUAACCUACUUGGAAUUAUUGGAGAUCUAAAAAAGCACUUUAUGCGCCCUGUGGAAAAUGUUCGACGACUUGUCCUAUUGCAUCCCAAUGAUGAUCCGCUUAUUUUUAGCGAACUGAUGACAUUGGAAGAUAGUGAAGAUGGUGAAGUCUGGAAGCAAACUACACGAUGGAUAAGAUAUGAGCAGAUUGUUGAAGGAGGAUUUACCCGAUUCAGCAAACCUCAUAUAUCCUUGCUACAUAUGCAGGCAAUGAUGCAAGCUAGAAAUUGCUUUAAGAAAGGUGUUGUUCUUUUGGACGAAGAGGCUACUGAUUACGAGAGUAUAGUUAGUAACGAACUGAUGACAUUGGAAGAUAGUGAAGAUGGUGAAAUCUGGAAGCAAACUACACGAUGGAUAAGAUAUGAGCAGAUUGUUGAAGGAGGAUUUACCCGAUUCAGCAAACCCCACAUAUCCUUGCUACAUAUGCAGGCAAUGAUGCAAGCUAGAAAUUGCUUCAAAAAAGGUGUUGUUCUCUUGGACGAGGAUGCUACUGAUUACGAAAGUAUAGUUAACGUUAUCGUAAACGAGUGGGUAAAACGUGGUUUAGUCCGAACUGUUGCAACUAAUGCAAUUCGCGACAUUCUCAUGGCUCCGAAGCAGCACCUGGGCGCUGUUCCUGGGAAGAACUACUUUGGUAUUUAA